UCGACAGCCCGUCCACCCCAUCUCCAACCACCACCGACUCUCUUGAACAUCUGCAGUUCGAGGGUCUUUACACCGCCUACCCACACCCUACACCAACACACCACACCACCCACCGCCAAUAUGGGUCUUACAUUCUCGAAGCUUUUCGAUAAGCUAUGGGGAAAGAAGGAGAUGCGCAUUCUCAUGGUUGGUCUCGAUGCCGCCGGAAAGACCACAAUUCUUUACAAGCUUAAGCUUGGUGAAAUCGUCACCACCAUCCCAACCAUUGGUUUCAACGUCGAGACCGUCGAGUACAAGAACAUUCAGUUCACCGUGUGGGAUGUCGGCGGUCAGGACAAGAUCCGUCCUCUCUGGAGGCAUUACUUCCAGAACACUCAGGGUAUCAUCUUCGUCGUUGACAGCAACGAUCGCGACCGUGUCGUCGAGGCCCGUGAGGAGCUCCAGCGAAUGUUGAACGAGGAUGAGCUCCGGGAUGCUCUCCUUCUGGUGUUCGCCAACAAGCAGGAUUUGCCCAACGCCAUGAACGCUGCUGAGAUCACCGACAAGCUCGGCCUUCACAGCCUCCGACAACGUGCUUGGUACAUCCAGUCCACUUGCGCCACGUCCGGUGAUGGUCUGUAUGAGGGUCUCGAAUGGUUGAGCAACUCGCUUCGCAAGGCCGGCCACAACUAAGCCGACCCGCGCAUGUCGGCAGGAGCGAUCUGCAUUCGCCAACGUCUGCAUAGCACAGACACGUCACGCCCCAAAACCUCUCUACAUGGCCUGUUUCCAGCCAUAUGUCUCACGCAAGCCACAUACAUGACCAUGGAACGUCUGCAUCGGUGUCUUUCAAAUCGGAUGGUGGAGCGGACUCGAUUUCAUUUCACCAUUGGAGUUUGUGUGCAUGCUAUGACUCGCGUCUCUGGAUUGUUGGUGGUUUGAACCGAAACAGUCUCUGGUUACUUUAUGUGGUACUAUCAAAUUUGAGCCUCUCUUAUUAGA